GUGUUGGCUUGGGAAAUCAUGCAGGUCGGUUUGGAAGUGGCGGGAGCCCUGCCUGCGGUUACUAUAGCGACCGAGGCUUCCGGUUAGAGAAGCUGCAAGAACAGAAGGGUAUCUACCUGGGGAGCGAAAGGGGGUGGGCAGUACUCGUGAAUGCAUAAACAUUCACACGUGCAAGAAAUGAAAUAUUGGCUGUGAGCUGCUAAUGUGAUUGGAAAGGACUGCUGUCCGAAGAUCCUUUGAUUAACCCUUCUGCUGGUGACAACUGUAUCUUUCUGCCAACUUCCACAUGAAGAAGAAACAUCUUGACACUCAGCCAACUUUGGAUGGCAAGUCUGAUGCUUGUGCUAAGAAGAAGGUCUCCAUCUCAGUGAAGAGGCUUCGGGAAAUAGCUCCUCCCCGUCCUUUGGAAUUCUCUGCAAAGGAUGAUGGAGUUUAUAUUCCAACCGCCCUUGUGGCAAACAAACCUGAAUCUUAUAAGACAACAACAGAAGGGUCUGAAGGCACCACAGAAGGUGAGCUAAGCAAAUAUUUUGCCAGAGAUUCAGAACAGCUGCCAUCACCGGGAAAAGACGAACAGACACUACACCCAGAAGUUUGUUUUCAUAAAACAGCAGUACAUGUUCCUUCAGAAGUGAAAGAGGAGGCAGCUAAACAAAAAGCAGCUGACAUUUUUAUCUCCCAGUAUGAUGCUGGGCAGAAGGAGGCUGUAAGAGCUGUAUUCAAACAGCGAGUUCAAAAUGCUCCAGUGUUUAAAGAGGUGAAGGUACAACUCCUAGGAAACACGUGCUCAGACAAAAAGGACAGUCCUAAGUCAUCCCACAGCGAGAUGGAUUCAGCUGUGACCAUUGCGGCUGCCACAGCAGCAGCCAUUGCUUCUACAGCUCCACUUCUCAAAGUCCAGAGUGACUUUGAAGCCAAAGUGAGUUCCGUAUCCAAAAUACUGAAUAAGUUGCAGGAGACGGACAGACGGCUGCAGCUUGCGGUAGAGCGGCAAUCAUCCCUAAAGGCUCCAACGAGGGAGAGGUCUCCUUGCCACCAGAGGUUCGGGGAGCUUGAGAAACAAAUGCAUCUAUUUAUGGAACAGCGACUACGGAAUUUAGAAAACUUCCAGCAACAGCAAAUGAAUAUUCAGUCCCACUUAAUUAGCUCUGCACUGAACCCAGGUGGCCUACAAGCUGCCAGCACAGCAGCUUCCAAAGAAACCACAAAACCAACAGCAGGAAGGUCGCUUGCCAGCCAAACCUCACCUCCUCAGGACUUACUUGCUGCUAGGGCUGUGCAUAUGCAAGCCUGUUCUAGGCCUUUUGGAAGCCACGCUGUUCAUAGGCAGAAGUCCCCCCUGAACACACCAGCCCCGCGGCGCUAUGCUCCGGUGCCCGUCUCCAGAGAUGCGAAAAUCUCCCAGAAAAUGUCCAAGAGGGAGCCCCCUGUUGGGGAAAAAGAAAACGUGCACCAGCCAGCUUACGGAACAACUGUGGGUGGAGGAAAAUUACUUGAACAGAUUUUGAAUUCUCAAGAGACCCCAGCGAGUCAAGACACAUAUUCUUUGAAAGAGUCAUCAGGGAACAAUGCAGUGCUGUGGCCUUUUGAAAGAGAGUGCAGAUCCAGUGUGCAGGAGCCAGAGCCCUUUUGUGCAUUUAAAAGCACAAAUCAAAAUCUCAACCCGGUUGAGAGAACUGUUCAGAAAGCUGGUGAUGUGCUCCGUGAUUUGGGACAACUGAAGAGGGAAAUGCAUGACAUCCUGCAGGAUGCAAAGGAGUGGAAGUCGGAUAUGAAUAAGUUUAUGAAGACCACUGCACACCCGGGAGAAGCAAUCCAAGCAAAGGAUCGCCUGCCUCAGUCUCAAUCUUCCUCUUCGUUGUUGCCAUCAUCAGAGGCUUUUCUUCCUAUGCCUCCACCAGCCGAGAAUUAUACUGUUGCCCCAACUCUCCGUGAGCUUCAGCAGCUUUCGAAGUCAUCAAUUCUUCAGUCAACCCAGGCAUCAAAAUCCAUCCUGAGGGAUGCAGAAAAGAUCCUGAGAGCUGUUCAGAAAAAUAAGAAACUCCUGGAAGAAAAUCUGGAGGCUAUUAUCCGUGCCAAGGAUGGCAAUGCCUUACAUGCCUUUAUAGAUGGGCUGACAGCAGACAGAGAUGUGCUGGAGGAGAUAAGAAUCAGAAAGACUGUAGAUGAAUGGAUCAAGGCUAUCAGCAUGGAAAUCCAGGAUGAAAUGGAAAGGACCGACAGCCUCAAAAGGCAACAGGCCUCCCAGAUGGCAAGGACCAGCAGAGAAAUUAUGGGGAAAUCCCAUUAUCCUUCAAAAGUACCAACAAAAAGGCCUCUGCCUGCAACAAAACCCAUUCAAAGGCUCACAGAUAAGGUUCUUCCAAAAACCCGGUUGGAGUUACACAAUGAAGACUUUCUUUCUCAGGUUUAUGGACGACCGAUUUAUCAGGGACACAGGAGCACGCUCAAAAGGUCUCCAUAUCUCAGGUUCAACUCACCUCCUCCCAAAUCAAAACCUCCAAGACCCAAAGUGAUAGAAAGUGUUAAAGGUACAAAAGUAAAGUCAGCGAGGACACAGACCAGUGACCAUGUGCACAGCAAUGCUACUAGGCCUGACAAGCCACACCUAAGCACUGCUCUUCGCCAGGAACUCCAGUAUCUCUUCAGCCCCAUUAAAGAGGGACACAGUUCCUCUGGUCCUCUUGAAGGCCACCUCAUUCCAAUGGCUAUCCCACUAGGCCAGAAACAGAUCGAUAGCAUCCCUCCUCAACCUGCGGGCAGAAGCAUAGGCGAAUUCCAUCCUCUUACUGUGACAACCUCUGUCCCUUCUUCCCAUCCUCCUCUGCAAAAGCCAGAGCCAAAGGUUAAGAAGCCCAACAUUGCAGUCAUACAGAUGAGGUCAGAGAAAAAGGACCCUCCCAAACUGACAUUGCAGGUGCUACCGAGUGUUGAUAUUGACAGUAUUUCAAGUGGCAGCAGAAGUGUAAACCAGGCUUCUUCAACAUCCCUUCCUGAAAAGGCCAUGUCCUCUCCAGAUGGUAGUCUCCUCCAAGAUGAAGAUCUGCAUCUUCCUGGUGCACAUUUUGACGGUACUGAUGUCAGUCAGGAUGAAGGAGUUGAGGAUUUUGGCAUCCCAGAAUUCGCGGAACCAGUCUUAGAGUUCAACAGACAAGGAGAAACUGAGUCCCCAAAAUACAACGGCCCCCCAUUUCCACCAGCUGUUCCUGUUCCUCAGGUCUCUUCAGAUGUUCUGGAUGAGAUCAUAGAAAAGCGGGAAACUCUGGAAAACAAGCUGGUUGACUGGGUGGAACAAGAGGUAAUGGCACGAAUCAUCAGUGGGAUGUAUCCAACACAGAAAGAGGCAGUGCCCGACUUGAACGCUUCAGAGAGUGAGCACAGUGAAGCCGUGUCUUCGGAUAUCGUUGAGGCUGCAGGUGCCGCAGGCUUCCAGUUGUUUGUGGACGCUGGUGUCCCUGUGGAUUCAGAAAUGAUUCGGCGGUUUGUGAAUGAGGCGCUUGCUGAGACCGUGGCGACAAUGCUUGGUGACAGAGAAAACCACAGAGCAGCUCCUGUUACAGUCGUUCCCUCAGCUGCGGCACUUUUGCCAGAAAAGGAAACCUUAUUGCCUACUCCUCUGGCCACUCCUGAAGCCACACCACCUCAGUCACCACUACCAGCUUUAAAUGAACCAUUUCCAGUAAAAACCCCAACAUCGUCUCCAUCAGUGACUGAAAUGGAUGGUGAACAGCCUCAAACAGGACCCGAGGCAGCAGCAGCUAGCGUGGUUUACACACCUGUGGCUACUCCUGUGGCAACGCCUCCUAAAAUAGCUACACCAACCCCUCCUGUAUCAGAACGUGCUCCAAACAGGGAAGCGAUGGAAAAACCACCACCUCCAAACCCAUGGGAAGAUGCAGAGCUUCCUUUGGAAGAAGAGAAGCCCAGCCCACAGAGCGAGGAAGGAGCCUAUCCACCAAGAGCUGUGAUCAUGUCUGUAGCGAAACAUGAGGAACCAGACAGCUUGGUUUUACCGGCUUCAGUGCCAAUUGCUCCCCAGGAUCUGCAGUCCCAAGAACCCAGGGCACGCUCUCCUUCGGUGCAAAGCCCUAGUUCUGGCCCUUCCACAGAGGAAAGUCUGACCACCACGGAAACUGAGACCACGGACAAGCCGAUUUCAGAAGGAGAAGUUUUGUAUAGUUAUGGACAGCUGCUGGCUGUAAAAGCUUUAGCAGAAGGAGGACUGUCUCUUCCAAACCUCAGUGACAGUUUGGCCAGCUCUCUUCAUGAUGCUCAGGAGAUGGACUAUGAUCCUCCCAGUGAAGGGCAGGUACUGCGGAGACCUCACAAAGGAUACCACAGAGAUACAGUCCUCUCCCUCUUUUCAAAAUUAAACCAGGCCCCACUUGCUUCUCAAGAAGAGAUCUGCAGGUCUGAGAAUACCGAUGACAGUGCUGGAGAACUCAGUGAGGGCCAGAGACCGAGACUCACAAGGACUGCAGAAAGUAUCCUCAUGGGGCGGUCUGUUUAUAUGGAUCGGUCUGCCAGCCAGGUCCCCAGGCAGCCAGCUCUCCGUAAGCCAUCACCUGGACAACAUGGCAGAGAAGCAGGAGAAGUUCUUGGAGAUGCCGACGUUACUGAUGAACCAAUGAGCAUUGCAGAGCUGGAUCAACCUGUUUCUCCAGUAGCCUUUGGAGACAGCAGACAGACACCUCACCUGGACAAUGCAUCCCUGCAGCAUCUACAAGAGACAUUGCAGCCAGCAAAACCCAGAGUCAUCUGUGUGAAACCCAGAUCUGAAGACACACAACAGCAAGUGUCUGUCACGACCCAGGCUGAAGAGCACCAAUAACCAUACACAGAGGCCAGAAUCUAUCUAAUAUCUUUAUUGAAGGAAUAUAUAAAGUUAAUAAAAGCAAGUGUAUGAAAUAGUCCAGAAUUAGUCCUUUCAGGAAAGGUCAAAAUUAGUCCCAAGAAACAAUGUCCAAUAUGAAAUAUUAAGGUCCAAAGUUGUAAUCCAAUAACCGAAACACUCACUUUGCCAGGCAAAGUGAGGGGAGAUGACAAGGUCCUUUAGUCCAUGAACUUGAGCAAGGCUAGAAGGUAACUUGAUUCUUGGAACACAAAGCUUGAUUCAAGGCAACAAGGAAACGAGGAGCAAGAACAAGAUCCGUGGUAAUUACUUGGCGAGGUCCGGGAAACAAGGCAAGAUCCGGGGAGAAAAACAAGGCUGGGAACGAAGGCUUGGAACAGGAACAAAGGCUUGAGAGCAGGAGUAGCUGUCCACACACGCUGCUCCGGUAGCUGACGAAUUGACUCCGCAAGAUUCCUUCGGGAGCAAGGAACCUAAAUAGGCCUCGUUUUCCCACCAGAGAACACUUCUCUGGGGAAUCAGAAACGAAAGUCAAUCUCUGUGUCCAGAUGUAUGACUCCCUAAAAUCUCUCACGGAAGCAGGCUUAAUCAUCUGAAUGCUUUGCUGCAAUUCUCAAGCUCCUGCGAUUAGCCUGCUGCACUCCUUUUUGCUGGAGAUAAUAAUUACGGCGAGAAAAAGGGGGAGAUUUUGACUCAGGGCUUGUUUGGCAGAUUUCUGGAAGACAAACCUCCUGCAGGUGCAAGGGCUCCAUUUCUGGCUGGGAAAGUUCCUUUUCUGGCUGAAAUGGUGGGAAACCCAAGUUUUCCUCUUCAUCUGUCACAACAGCACUAGGAACGGGACUACAUGGCCCAUGAGUCAUCACAGUGUCUUAUUGUGCAUUUCAUAUUAUCUUCCUCUGCACGCUUUUAUCCUGGUUUACCUUGUUUAUUUUGUUUUUCUGAUAUACUACCCUAUGAUAAUAUGAUUAAGAAGGCAACAUUUAUAAUUAUUAAGGAUUAGAUACAAUCGGAGAGAUGAUCUUAAUCCCUUCACUUUCUCACACUUGAAUGCUCCUUAGAAGGUCUUUUAACCUUGUUGUGGAUUUCCCGUUAAGUCCCAAACAAAGAACCAAAAGCGCAGCACUAGUGAAUUGCAGCUGGAGAUAUUAAUUCAAGUGCAAUAACUGGGGUGUGUAAAUGAAUUGAGUGAGCAAGCAAGAAAAUGUAUGCUUUGCUUGGCUGCUUUUAUUCCAAGGCCAGAAGGAAACCUGGGCCCCUUUUUCUGGCAAGCCAAGCUUUGACCACAGAUGACAGAGCUGGGAUUGAAGCUGAAACACAUCUUCUUGUUUGCAUAGUUUCAACCCAAGGCUGGGCAACAAGUGUUAGCUUCACUGAUAUCUCCUUUCACUCACAUAAAAACAGUGUAUACAGAU